AAACAAACGUUCUUAGCAACCAGAUUGUCAGGGUGAAUGAGGAGCAGACGGUGACAACAGUUCGGCAACAGGUGGUUUUCUUGAAUUUUACUCUUAACAGUUAAUGUUUCAAGACGGUUCAGACAGUCGUUCAGAAAGAGUUAAAACGGGGAGAAGCUAACCUAGCUUAAAGAAAGGUGAGUUUAACAACAUCACUGUAUAUGGUUCUGUCCGUCUGUGUUUAGCUCAGUGCAAGUAUUGCUGUUACUGCAGGACAAAGCACGUAUUUCCCUGUAAGACCACUGUUUAAUGAUAAAUUUAACUAUUGCCUUAUUUUUGACGACAAGAAAAGGUUUCCAUCUUUAACUGGUCGUCUUCUUUGUGCUGUAUAUCUUAAUUGUGGCACUGUGGUGCGUUCAUGGUCCUCAGGAAAAAGAACAAUCACGUGUAUCACCUCGCCCCAUUCUGCUGGUGAUGGAUGAGACAGUGAAACCUGUGAGGAUCCCUCCACAAAUGUCCGUCUACGCAGACAAACAUAAUGUCUAUCAUCUAAUGCAGGUAUUCACCAGUCAGUCUGCUGGUUUUAAAGCUGCAGCUGCAGACCAAGAGGACUAAACUAAUUCACUCUCUCUCUCUCUCUCUCUCUCUCUCUCUCUCUCUCUCUCUCUCUCUCUCUCUCUCUCUCUCUCUCUCUCUCUGUGUGUGUGUGUGUGUGUGUGUGUGUGUGUGUGUGUGUGUGUGUGUGUGUGUGUGUGUGUGUGUGUGUGUUUCAGAGCAUGCUUUCCAGGCUGGUGAUUGAUCAGCCUGAAGAUCCGAUCAGUUAUCUGAUCAGCCUACUGCAGAGGAGCAGUGUGGACAGUAAGUCCUCACACACACCAACACGUUUACUUGAGCUGAAGUAACUCAGUGCCUCUGAGGUAAAAACUGAGAGCUGUGCAGUGAGUUUUUAGAUGUAUCAAAGAGGUGGUGAUAUAAAAAAGAGAGAGCAAGAGACACACAGUUGCAUUUAUUCAUCUUUAACAUGAACUCCAACAUGAAAUCCCGCAGAAUUUCAGUGUUCUGCUUUUAUUGAAGUCCAACUCCACAGACAGCCGAAAUACUCUAAAUGCUCAUAUAUCCAAUGAGCUAUCACUUAUUUCUUCAGUCACUAGAUGGAGCUGUGAGUCUUUAGCCAGUCCUCUCCGAAAUCAGUCAACCUGAGAUAUCGGACCCUUAUAUGUCUCUGACAUUUUCGAUUUAAUUUAUUUCAUUCUUUUUAAUUCAAGUUUUAUUCUUUUAUUUAAAUUGUACAAAUUUCAGUGAUCCACAGAUACAAAUGUAGUAUCCUCCAGAAUCACAUUUAUUUGGUCCUUCCUUAUUUUAGUGCUUUGACUUUUGGUUGUCAAAUGUAAUCUAUUUUCCGAACUAAAAUUAAAUAUAGAAAGGAUUUUAAAAAAUGACUUAGGAAUGUUACUUAAUAAUUUUCUCCAAAUAGGCUUUCAUAUUGUGCACAUUGUAGAAAUAUAUUUUGUGGACAAGUGUAUUAAUUAAUAUGCAUUAUAUAAUUUUCUUGUGAGGAUUACUGGGGUUUACUUCUGCACUGAAAAUGUCUACGGUGUUUGCACAAGGUAAUAAUCUUAUACAAAUAUACUAAUUAAAAGUAAUAAUAAAUUAAUUAUUACACACACAAUAUUUAACUUGUAUGCACAAAAUGGCUUCACUGUCUGACAAGAUAAAAGCUUGUUUCCUCCAGUGAGCAGAAGACAACAAACUUGUUUUCACAAGAUCAUAACUUGUGCGCACAAGAUUCCAGUAUUUGUGUGCAUGAGUUAAUUUCUUGAGAGAGUUGAGAGAGGAGUUCAUAUGUUGUACAAAUUUUUUCGUAGUUUCCCUUUUGAGACUUAAGAUGGUCAGCAGAACAAAUAAAAGGUGGUUAGGGAUCUAUUUUCCCUGUGAGCGUUUAAUAAUGUGGAAUUACAGCGUGAAUUUUUUAAGGUCUUCAAUCCAUAAUGCUGAAUUUUGAAGCCAUCAGUGCUUGUGUGUGUAUUUAUAAUGAGAAUGACUUUUCAUGCCAGGUAAUUUGAAAUCAGUGCCUGGCCCCUUACAUGUAUUUGUUGAGGGAGUACUCUAAGUGCUGCAGUAAUGGUACUGAAUUUGAAAGAGGCCCACAAGUUUUUUUGUUUUUUUGUUGUUUGUUGUUUUGUUUUUUGUUUUGUUCUUUUUGUAUUUUCUUAUUUCUUCCAACAACAAGAUCAUUUCUUUAAAUGUUUUCAUAAAACGCAAAACCUCUUGGACCUUGUUGAAUACAUUUUGAAUACUUAAAACUCCACCCUUUUGUCCCCAAAAAAACUUUAGUUCAUGAAUAUUUGACUUUUAUUAAGACUCUGAAGUUUUGUUUUCACUGUGACCUUUUGUUCAUGUCAAAGCCUCACUGCCUGUGUGUCUCUCUGUCUGUCUCUCUGCCUUAUCUGUCUGCCUCUCUCCCUUUUUGUGCAUCAGCUCCCAGGAUCAUGGUGCUCGGUCCUCCUGCUGUUGGAAAGCAAACAGUGGUGAGGGUCUUUGUGUGGUCUGCUUGAGCUUACUCUUGUUCAGAAUAAACAGCUCUAGCUAAUGUCUGAGAGGUGAAAUGUGUUUUUUAAUGCCACCAUUUCUCCUUUUUUAUACUUGGGUGCUAAUGUUUGCAUUGUCUCAAACAUCUUUGACGGCUGUUUAUUAAGUCGUAUUUUUAGUCUGUAACACCUUUUUUCACACUUCAUUUAUCGAUUUUCCAGAAAAUGUAACAGCAUAUAUACAAAAAUGCAAGAACAAACUUUUUUUCCCAUCCCCCACCCUUGGGGACAAGUAAGAAAAAAUCUAAUUAUAGUAAAAUUAAAAAACAAAAAAAAAGUGAUUUUCAGUAGUAAUAAUAAAGGACAUCAUGGAUGAGAUGUAGGACAAAGCCUCAUGUUUGUUUGAGCAAAAAUGUAAUAAAAGGUUGCCAUAUCCUUCUGAAAUGAUCUUUAGGACAUCGUAGAGCCACUCUGAUCUUUUCUAGCCUCAGGAGUUGUUGUGUAUCUCUCACCCAAUGUUUGUAGGAGGGUGGGGCAGUCUGUUUCCAAUUAAGUAAAAUUAUCCUUCUUGCUAAAAGGGUUACAAAAGCAGUGCAAUCAGAAGGAAUCUAGAAAGAUGAUCAUUCUCACAUUGAAUACCGAGUAUGGUGGUGAGAGGGUUCAGGUUUAUUGGUCUAUUAAAUAUCUUGGACAGGGAAUCAAAUAUAGAGGACUAGUAACCAGAGAGUGUGAGUCUUUUGUCAUUGUUGUCGUCCAUCAGGCCAAAAAGCUGAGUGAAGAGCUGAGAGCUGUUCGUGUGACUGUAGACAGUUUACUGCAGAACCAGACAGAGCUGAGCGCACAGGUAUGCCAACACACACUCAAAGAUCAGGUACACACACACACACACAUACACAGUGUUGACCUCUGACCUCCAGCUAACUUACAUACUCUGUCACGCUACAAUUUAAUCACAACACGAUCAGCUGCAAACAUCAGAUGUGUGAUGAUCAGAUACAGAUGACAAGAGACAAUAAAUGUGUGCUGUUGAUAGAACUACACUGUUAAUACUAUGUGUUUGUGUGUGAAGGAGAUUCCUGCUGAGCUUCUGGUCCAACAGAUCCAACAGAGACUCAACAGAAAGGACUGCUUCAACAGAGUAAGACCAUUAUCAGCACUCACACAUCACAGUCUGUCCUUGUUUAAGGGCCUGUGUCCACUUGUCCACUAACUGUGUUUUGAGAUAGGCAGCUUUUAUUAUCUGUUCAGUGUCUUUUGUGCUCAGUAUCUUCAGAGCAAAACUGUAAUGAUUUCCUAACUGUGCAUUCUAAGUUGAACCCAGAAGCAGACUGGAGGCAACAGGAAGUGUUUAAAGAUUUAUUUGAAGUGGAUGUGACAAGGGGAAUGGGUUCUUGGUCCAAGGUGUGAGCUCCCUGGUGAGGUGAGGACGAGUGAGUUUGCUGAGAAGGCAGGUGAGUGAUCCUGAGAGUGAGUUGUGGCAGCAUGGAGGGGUGAGGAGGAGAACAAGAAUUAGGCAAUGGUAAAUCACAUGUUAAUGAGAAUGAGUUUCAAAAGUAGCGAUACUCAUAAACUGGCCUAGAUUCCACAGCAGGUGUGGGAAUAAUCUGGCACAGAGGGACAUCCAGGCAGAGCUUAAGUGUAGCCGCUGAUUGCAGGUGCAUUGGUGUAGGAGGAGCCACCAAUCUCUGUGAAGGGAAAAGGGGGAGAAAACUCUCUGUCUUCUAAAAAUACAUAAAUUAAGAUAAAAAUUGAUAACAACUGAAAAUUGCCAGGAAAUCCUCACAUACAGCUGUGUCAAAGCUGGAUAUUCCCUUUUUACGUCUCUUCUGCAGUUUUUAAAGCAAGGAGGCAUCAUGGUGGGUUUAGGUCAUUAAGCCUCUGGUCCUCUGUUGCAGGUCUCAGCUGACAUUGAUGGGGGGCAGAGGGUGGUGAUAUAGCAGGCAGGGUGGAACAGCACUGUGUAUGUGCUUGUCUAAGUGUGUGUGUUUAUGGCAACCCCAUGUGUGUUUAUAAGCUGUGCCGCUCUGACUUUCACAACAUUAUAAAGUGUUAUGAGAUCACACACUAGGUCACUCAUAUUAUGCUGUUUCAGGGGGUUAGUGAUAACAGGCAAAGUAACAGAGCCAGAUGCUAUGAUGACAGUUUUUUAUAUUGAUUUCAGUAGUAUGUAUAUCCAGAAAUAUUCACAGUAUUAUUGAAAGAGUGUAAAGAACGUACUGGGAGCAGAGAAGAUUAUGAAGCUGCAUUAUAGUCUCCAUAAAAGAUCAUACCAGUCACAUGAAAUCCCCCUCUCACACUCCUACAGUAACUUUAAGAAGGGCUGGCAGGUAAAGUCUCGAGUGAAGUCAGGGUGAAAAAAGUUCAGUCCACCUUAAAGGUUUCAGGGAACAUGCAGCAGCAGCGUUGUGUAUCAGUGAAAAGAGCUACAGCGUCCAAUGAACCACCAAGAGCAGACUGUUUCCAUUUGGUAGUAGCAGCAGAACAGCUGCCUCUCUCUCUCUCUCUCUCUCUCUCUCUCUCUCUCUCUCUCUUUGUCUCUUUGUCUCUCUCUCUGAUGUGCCUCUGUGAUGAUAAUAAUUAGCGCUCUGGUCGCUGCCGUGUCGUACCACGAAUCCCAGCAGGCCGACUAGCGUGUUGGCGUGUUUCCCCGGGGAUCAGUUGAUCAAACAGACGUGCUGCUGUCACAUCACGGGUGUUAUUUUCACUCGGGCUCGUCCUCUCUGCUGCUCCUCAUUAGCAUUACGUCCUGUUUCCUGUCAGCGUUCAUCAGGACAGCGAGCGCCGGUUUCUGAUCAGUUUAAGAGAAUUAAAGAACGUGAAGCUGCUGUCAGCAACACUCACACAAAAACAACAACACAAACUGAAGCUCACAACUGCACUUAUCUGUCUGAUUGAACGUCUGCCCUUUAUUCAAAUACCUUUACAGUGAAUGUGAGGCAUUAAAACACAUACAGGGAAGGAGAGUUUGAGUGGGAACAAACAAGACAGUCUGAGAGAGAAUCCAGAAGUCAUGUCAGGCACAAAGGUGGUCUAAGAGAAGAGUCUUGAUUUACUUUGGAUGGUUUGAAUGUUCCUUUGGAGGUUCUGGAGGAAAAAACUCACAGAGGUGCUCAAAGUUUGCUUUUCAAAGUUUGAAAGUGUCAGUAAUCAAGUGUUUAGGGAAGUUCAAGUACUGAUUCAGGAUGGCCUUGUGGUCUGUGGAGUGUCCUUCCUCAUAAACACAGAUUGAGUUCUUAGUGCUUAGAGUCCUCAGUUCUAGUAGUCAUUUGGGGUGUUGUGGAGGACUAACAAGGACUUUUAAAGUGUUAGGGGAGACUGAAAAUCAGUGUUAGGUGAUUGUCUGGACCAAUGUUGUCUGGUUAUCUGUACCAGCCUUUUACAGAUGGUUGUGCUGCCCUCUUGGCCUGUUAUUUCACACUACUUUGUCCUACCUGAUGCCUCGCCCACACUCUGGUCACUCAUGACCAUUUGAUGUUCAUGCAACCUCCUGUCAGAUUAAAUACUCUACCCGUCUCUCUGCUGUUUUGUUGUAAAUGUAAAUGGUUAACAGUGAACUUCUGUAUGUGAUUCAGGGCUGUCUCGAUAUCAGAUUUUCGCCUCUCAAUUAUCAUGACCAAAAUAGGCUGUGACAUGAUAUCGGGAUAUUUGCGUAAAACUCGAAAAAUAAAAUAGCACAAUCUGUCAAAGACAAGGAUGGAGCAAAACACUAUACUAUAAAAACGUAACCAGACACAAUCACCUUACAUGUCGUUAUCUUUUCUAACUGAAAAUAUGAUUUAUCCACUUUACAGAAGACACUACCUCUUCUGUUUGAAUUGUUUCCUGUAUGGUCUGAUUAUGCUUUUAUUUUGAAGGGUAAUAUUCCUGGUAGAUUGUAAAUUACAGCCAUAGACUGUAUAUAGAAUGGAUGCCAUCUCCCUCCCCGCUGGGUGAAGCCACUCCGAGAACAGCACCCUCUGGUGAUGUGCUGCAGUAUAGGUCAUAAAUCCCGCCUCCACCAGCAAUCCCCAUGGAGCUGUGGACAAACUUUAAAAAUUUAUUACACAGAAUAUGAAUUUUUCUCACCCCUGGUUGUGAUGUUGACAUGUAGUUACUGUAAGACUGGUUUGUGCUCAAGUCCUCUUUUUUCUGUACAGCUCCAUUUUUAAAAGUUAUUAGGGGGUUCAUGUUUUCUAUGAUUGACACUUGAUACAGCCUAUGGGUGUAUGAAAAUCGCGUAGCUCACCCGGGGGAUACGCUGUUUUAAGCUGAGCAUCAUCACAGCGACUCUCCCGCCGAAUGUGUACAAUGCUACUGUGCAAGUGGUGGAGUGCGUACAACGCAACUGAGCAAUGAUGGUUUCAGGAAGUAGAGAAAAAACACGUAAAUACAGAGAACUUUUCGGCUUCAAAUCCAUAUACUGGCGGAAGGCCGAACCAAGUUGUCUAUAGUAUAUACAGUCUAUGGUUACAGCACUCAAUGAAGACAGUUUAAAAACUAUUAAAAGUGUAAAUAUUCAACUUUUCAGUAACCUGAAGAAGCUCUAACAGUGUUUCUGGAUUCACAGUAAAUCUCAAGUAAAUCUCUAAAUUUCAAAGUGCCUAAUCAUCCCUCAGAGGGCAGCUAUGGCUAACUCACUAGCAGCUGCUACCUCUCCUUUAUUUGUCCUGUACUUUUCCUUAACUUGUCCUUUUUUGUCUUCAGUUUUAUGACAUAUAGGAAUCAGCAGAUUAAAAAAUUGCAAAAGGCAUUUCAAAAAGGUUUUGGGUUGUAGUUUGUAACUUCCAAAUUCUGAUUUUUACUCCAAAUGUGUUAACAGUAAGUGGUUUUGGCCCUGAAAAAGUAAUAUCAGUGGACCCCUUGUCAGUGCUUUUUGUUUCUAACAAGUGUGUUUCUGUAGCUAGUGUAGUAAUAACAGCUGCACAAUGGUGCAGUGGUAAAAACUGACAGCUUUUAAGAUGGUUCCUGAUCUGUAUCUGAGGCCAGAAAUAGGAGCCUGUCUGUGUGGAUUUUGUACCAGUGCAUGUGUGUGUUUCCUCCAGUCCAAAAACAUGCUUGCUGAGUGAACUGGUGACCCUUAUUAACCUGUGGAUGUAAGUGUGAUGGACUGGUGACCUGUCUGGGGUACGCCCUGACCUUUAAAGUGGGAUAGGCUCCAGUCCCUUUAUACUGUGGUCCAGUGUUUAGCUGUUUUCCUGAUUUCAUACCCAUGUAGUAGAUUUUGUGGCCAAAAGGACUGAACCUUAUUAUGCUUGUAAUAAAGUUAUUCUUAUCCUUAUUCUUAUUCAACAGGGAUGUUAGGAGGUGUUUGUGUUUGUAGAGGAAGUCUUUAAGAUUUCAAUGAAGUUUAAGUGGCCGCUGCAGAUAAUUUAUGUGAUCUUUUUGGUGAGUUUUAGAUAAAGAAAGGACAUUUUAGUCAAAAUUGGAAAAAGUCCUAGUGGGACUGAUUGCCUCUAAGACUCCAAUGGUCAGUGAACAGGUCCAAGGGGUCCUGUAGGUAAUAAACUGGGUCCAAGAAAAGGUUUCAGUUCAUUUUCAGGUUCAUCAGUUCUCCCUGUAGGUCUCUGAAAAUGACCGGUGUGAGCAGUGAAGAAGAGACUGUAGAUAGCUACAACAAACUGUGUGGCUAAAUCACUUGUGCAGAUGGAGCUCCAUGUGACCAUACACACAGGAGAACUGAGCUCCAAUCCUCAGCUGUUCGCUGUUCAUCGCUGUUCAUCUGCGUUUUGAUAUGAGUUAAAUGUUUAAAUCAGCGUCUCAUGAACCCAGAGGUUUAUAUUUAAAAGUUGCUUUGGCUACAACAAGAAAACAUGUCCAACAUCUCUUUGUGUGACACUUCUUCAUCUACUGUUUCUCACUUUAUUCCGGUCAGCUGGUGUGUUUUCAGUGUGUAAAAGUGUGUGUUUAGUGUGUGGAAGUGGGUGUUCAGUGUGUGCCUCGGAGCCUCUCAGUGAUCAGCAGUAAACCAGCGUUCAGCUCCCGUCUUUCCUCUAAACACUACAAACAGCUGCCUCUUUCAGCCUCCAGCGUUUAGCUUCAGCGUUUAGCAUUUAGCAUCAGAGUUUAGUGUGUGUGCUUGUGUGUGUGAUUAUCAGCGACUUUCAUCUGUUAAUGGCUGUUUUUGGCUGCAGGCUAAACUCAUCAAACACACCUGGGACUGCGUGUGUUGGUGUUUGAGAGGAUGUGUGUGAGUGUGAUGUCUUUAUUUUCUGACUGUCAGACUGAAUGCAGGAGGGAGGAUGAUUGACAGCCCCCAUCUGGACCCCGCCUCCUCCUGUCAGAUUAAAUACUUUACCCGUCCCUCUGCCAUCUUGUCUCCCUGUCCUCACUUCACUUGUCUUUAUUAUCACAACUUCUACUUUCUACACAAUGCGUCCCAAGAUUGCGGCUGCUGUCUCAGUCAUAUGUCCCUUUAAGUCUUUAUGAAAGUGGUGAUUUCUUUGAUUCUUAUCUCCAUCACGUCAUGUGUGAGGUCCUACAGGUCUGCAGGUGGAAUUAAAAGGAUUUGUCCCCAUAGGUUAAACACUUUAUUUACUUAUUUCUCCAUGUUUUCAAAAGGAUACAAUCAUUUAUAAUGUUAAAAUGAUAAUGAAAUAAAGUCUCUAAGGUAAAGUUCUUUAUACUUAAUUACACCUUCAGAUUUCAAAGACAAGAUAUAUACAAAAAUGCAUACAAAAUUGGACUACUUUUUAAAAUUUUGUACAAAGAAAAUCCUUCUAACAUCUGACAUAUUUGUUCAGUUAGGCUUAGUCCACAUUUAAGCGGUACUUUUGAAAACUGAUUGUGUUGUUUUGUCUUCAAGUUUACCCUAUUCAUUAACAAUAUUUUCAUAAUAUUUCAUGGCCUCAGUAAUCAUGAGGUGUUCAUCUGAUAUAGUCACCAACCUCAGCCAUGGCAAGCUUUGUUCCCAUGCAUUGCACUUGCCCCAGUUGUCAGGCUGUCAGUGUAAUCUGCUCAGUACUUGGUAUAAUUGCGUAUUAACAGGGAAAGAACAGCUAUUCUUUGUCAUUAUACGAUGCUCACAAUGUUUCUUUAUUUUAUGUGACAGACUGAAUACACAUUAUCUCCACCUAUUAGCCUGACACAACUAUGGGAACUUUUGAACUGUUUAUGAGCUUUCACGUGGACAGAACUUUAAAAAAAAAAAUAGAUUCACCACAUCAUGUCAUGAUUCCUGUAUAAAUUAGUCAGGGUCCUGCAUGUGGAUGUAUUGAUAGGUGUGAUAGUGAUGUUUUUGCUGUUCAGUCUCGCUGUCAGCGGUCACUCGUGGCUGGAAAAUCAAACCUCCAUUGUUAAACAGAGUUGUCUGCAGUUGCUGACAGCAGGGUAAGAUAUCUCUGUAACAUAACUAAUCAUUUGUUAACAGCCAUUAAAAACUCAGUGCUGCACACAUGCAGCCUGUCAUACAUGCGUGUGUGUGUGUGUCAGUGCUACUGUCAGUUGUCUUUAUUCAGCCUGGCAGGCAGCACUGAGGGAUUAAUGCUCCUGAGCGUCAUAGUGGGAAUGAAGCCGCUGUCUGCAUUAAACAGUCUAGUUUUAUUUAGGUUUCAUGUGACUGUCAGACGGCAGCGGGUAGAGGAUACAGCUGCUGUCAGACUCUUCAGUUUCAUACAAAAACACAACACUAUCACGACUGUAUGCAGGAGACGGAGUUUAAUGAGCAGUUUUUAGUUCAGGUCUGACAUCUGUACAACUUUUAAACUGUUAAUGCAGAGACAGUUUACAACAACAGAGCUGGAGGAAGUUUCAGGAGUCCAGAAGGAGGUUUUGUAUAGACUUAAUGGGUUUUUAGGAACCCUUGAGGGAGAUCAUUAAGGAUUCAGAUUUAUACUGUAAAUUUCAACAGUAUCAGUCCAUUAAGAUUCACACAGUCCCUAACUUGCCAACUAGAUCAUUAAGAACACAUAUUUAGCUGUAGCUCUUGUAAAUUGCUCUCUGGAAACGAGGGAAUUUACCACCAACUUCAGUUUAUUUUCUACAGAUUUUCACUCUUUGCUCGGUUUUGAUGAUCACACAAAAGUGAUCCUUUUGUCAUGUUUGGUGAGUGACUUGCUAAAAAAAAUGCUAUCAGGACAGUCUACUUACCAGGUUUAUCUUGUCUAUACUUUCAGUCCCAUACAGUCUACUUUAAACCCCCUCAGGGUCUUGACAAAAUUCCUGUACUUUCUGAGGCUAGAGGUAAUGGAGAGAUCAUGGGGUCCUGACUGCAUAAAAAGGCAGGAAAGAGAUCAGCAGGUUCACCUGUGCAUCUAUCUGUGCAUCUGUCUUUGUGUGUAUUUCAGGGAUGGCUUUUGGAGGGGAUCCCUCAGACUCGACUGCAGGCUCGAAGUCUCCAGCAGGCUGGCAUCAUCCCUGAGCAUGUUGGUGAGAAUAAAUCAGAGUAGAUCAGAUUCAAUCAAGAGUUCAUGUGUUCACGGCCACUACAUACAUCUAUCCUGAUACUACUGUGAAUGGGAAUGUGUGUGUGUGUAGUAAUGCUGGAGGCUCCUGAUGAUGUUCUGUUGGAGAGAAGCCAGGGGAAACUAGUGGACCCAGUAUCAGGAGGUGAGUCCUGAUUCAUCCGGCUGCAUAGAUUCACUCAUAAAAAAACCCUCCCCUCCUCAGGUAUAGUUGCUGUAGUCCAACAGCAUCAUUAGUCACUGAUCCAUCCAAUCAGAUGAGUCCAUUAAUGACCAGCAUAUGCUGACAUGAAGUAAUGACUAAUGUUUUCACUCCCUGUCUGCAGAUGUUUACCAUAAGACCUUCAUCUGGCCUCUUGAGGACUCCAUUGCUCAGCGCCUGAAGGAAGAGCAAAGUCGGUCAGAGAAGGAGCUAUUGGCUGAGCUGCAGCGCUACCGCUGUGAGGUCACAGGUCUAAGCGUAGCCUAUCAGCACGUCCUGAAGAUCAUCAACAGUGACCAACCACAUGCUGACAUCUACCAGCAAGGUUAACAUACCCACAUAUACACCAGGAGCACAGUAACUUAAAUAAAUCGUGUACAUCUCAUUGCAUUAACUUCUAUGUACCCUCUUGACUUGAUAAUUAUUCAUUUCUUUUCAAAGUUAUUUAGCCAUAGACUGUAUAUACUUUGGACAACUUGGUUCUGCCUUCCACCAGUAUCCCGAUUUGAAGCCGAAAAGCUCUCAGUAUUUCCGUGUUUUUCUGCACUUCUUGAAACCAACAUUGCGCAGUAGCGUUGUAAGCAUUCGGUGGGACAUACGCCGAGAGACGCUGUGAUGACACUCGGCUCAAACAGUGUAUCCCCUGGGUGAGCUACGCUGUCUUUGUACACCCAUAGGCUAUUAUUAAGUGUCAAUCAUAGAAAACAUGAACUCCUAAUAACUUUUAAAAUACGGAGCGGCACAGAAAAAAGAGGACUUGAGCACAAACCAGUCUUACUGUAACUACAUGUCAACAUCACAACCAGGGGGGAGAAAAAUUUAUAUUCUGUGUAAUUAAUUUCUCAAGUUUGUCCACAGCUCCAUAGGGAUUGCUGGAGGAGGCAGGAUUUAUGACCUGGCCAGCAGCUUGUCACCAGAGGGGGCUGUUCUAGGGGUGGCUUCACCCAGCAAGGAGGCAGACGGCGUUCAUUCUAUACACAGUCUAUGGUUUAAACAUACCAAAACUUUUAGUUCUGGCUUCUAUACCACAAUUUCAGCUGCCAAAACUAUCCAAUGUUGAUAUCAUUUUUCAACAUUAUUGUAGAGUUUUUCGUGAUAAAUCAGGAUGCUCGAGUUUGAUAUUUUGGCAUCCUCCAGGGCUUAGAUUUAGAUCCUCUAUAGCUCUCUCUUUAGGCCUAGUGAAAAAAGCACAAAUUUGGCCUUAUGGUGAAGUUGCAUGUCCCGUGGAUAAAGGCUAUCGUCCUCAAGCUAGGGGCUUCUGUAAGAUUCUAACCUGCAGCCCCUUUCCCAUAUGCCACUCCCCACUCUCUCUCCUAGUUUCCUGCUCUGUCUACUGACCUGUCCUCUCAAGAUGAGGCCAUUAAAGACCAAAAUUAUAACUUAUCCAGAGACUUUAAACAACUCAUCCUGAUUUAUAUUACACACCAAACAGGCAGGACUAAACUGCAGCAAAACUUCCGAUCAAGGCUUCCUAUAAUGGCCACUAACCCAAUAUGCUGAUGAUUUACUGAUUUACAUUCACACAUUCACCUUUUUGGAUGAGUUUUCUCAUGUAAUUUGUGUUUUUAUAUUUGAGCCUUUGUUUGCUGAGCAUAUGUGUUUAAUUGUGCGUUAGUGUUGGCUUUUGUCCGGACUCAUCAACGCCCCAGAACUCCCAGAAUCCUCCUGUUGGGUCCACCCGGAUCAGGGAAGAGUCAUCAGGCCAGGCUGCUGUCAGAGAAAUACAAGAUGGUGGAUGGUACGCAAACAUUCACAGUCAUUCACACAAACACUGACGGAUCUGAAAUUCUUGUUUAGUCUGAGUUUUAGAAACACAACUUUGUCCCACAGUUUUAGAAAAUAACCAAUUUCACUUUCAGGUUUAUAAUGUGUCACUCUUUCAACCCUUUUCAUCUCAGUGUGUUGUGGUCAACUGUUGAGGUCUGUGGCAGCUGAAGGUUCAGCUCUGGGUGAAAAAAUUAAACCUUACCUGGAUCAUGGAAGUCCAGGUAACUCGCACACAUACAUACACACACAAACAAUCUUGUAUUGUGAAUAGGACAACCAAUUAGUGUCACCUCAAGGAACAGAACAGAAUGUUUUUAUUGUCAUUGCACUUUGUACAACAAAAAUUAUAUCCUUGAGAACAUGAGACAGAGAGAUGCGGGCCGUGCAGACUUCAGUGUUUCAUUAAAGUUAUUGCAACAAUAGCCAUGGUUACAUAAAGGGUAUUGUUGCACCACAGAGGUAAAGGUUUGUGUAAUGUGCAAAGUUAUCAAAGCCCAUCCUCAUCAAGAGUUAAGUUACUCUAAAAGUCAUGGUGUCUGUAGGAGAGCUUCCAUCCAGAUGAGUAAAUAUUGUACGGAGAGGAUCCUGCAGUGGUGUCAGUGUCUGGUAAUGUGUUGGAUUUGUUGGCUUUACACUCAAGUAAAAACUAUUUGAUUCCUGUCUGUAAAUCAGCAUCCCCUCUGGGGAUUUUCACUUCUUCUUAACGACACACUCACACUUCUCCCCCACCUCUUUCAUUCUCCAACUCACAGAUUCAUAUUAGUGCAUGUGUGUAUGUGUGUGUGUUUGAUCCCAGCUGGAUCACAGCAGCUGUGUUUAAUAAUCAGCAGCUGUCAGAAUAGAGCAGACAGAGCCGUGUUCAUCUUGCAGAUAUAGAACAAUCUACUCUACACCUUUCAUAACAGCAGAUACAGGAUUCAUGAUCACACUGAACAGUUCUGAGGAUCACUUUUUACAUAAACCAGCGCUUUCAACCAAUCCGCUGGUUUAUAUUAUUACCUAUUUCACCCUGUUUUCUGAAGGUUUAGUCCAGUAUUUAUUCACAUUAAUACCUGCAGGUAUGUAACUGAGCAGAAGCUGCAGAUUGUUAAUUAAGUGUUAAUUAAAUGUCUUUGUAUUUGGUUGUUGCAUUAAUGUUUCUAUGGAACUUUUUUCUUGCACACCGCCAACUCUGUUUUAAAGUUGUUUAGUUUUUUUUGGGGGGGGGGGUCCUCUCCUUGAACACAGCAUCUGCCUUUUGGUCCAGUUUCAGACUCUGUAGUGCUGCAGGUUCUGGAGGAACGGCUGAGCCGAGUCGACUGCAGCUGCAGGGGUUGGAUCCUUCACGGCUUCCCCAGUGACCUGCAGCAAGCCAAGAACCUGCUUGAGUCCCAGCAUCAGCCCAACAGGUACCACACACAACUACCACCCCCAUUAGACUUCUAAAAAUACCACUUCAAUUAACCAAAAGCCUGCAGGAGUCCCAGCAGGUACUACAAUUUACAACAACUACAACUACUACUACUACCACCAAAAAAUACUGAUACUCCAUUGAUGCCGAACAAUAUCUACAGGUUUAGGAGCAACAUCCAGGCAAAGACUUUUUCAGGGAAGACCUUCAUAUUUCAGCAAAACAAUGGCAAAACAUAUUCCGACAACAGGGAAUGCAACAGCAUGACUCUGUAGUAGAAGAGACCUGCUGCUGAACCUGCCUGUCUGUAGUCCCUGAUAUUGUAGUGCAACAGGCAAAGAGACGAGAGGAGUACAGACUGCUAAAACUAUUACUACAAUUUAUGCUACUUUCAAGAGCAUGCAGGAGUCCCAAACACACACACACACACACACACACACACACACACACACACACACACACACACACACACACACACACAGCAUGUUGAGUGCUGUUGAAUAUUUGAUGCUGCUGUAUAAAUAUUCACUCUAAUGGACCUACAGCCACACAUUAACUGUUUAAAAUACAAGCGCUCUUUAAAUAUUAAGGACUCUUUGUCUGUGAGAUGGUUAAACAGCUUAUUUAUGAUGCUGGAUGUUGACCUCUGACCUCUUAAUAACCUGACAAUGACCUUUGAUUGUCUCCUUACAGAGUUUUCCUCCUGGAGUUGACAGAUGACGUUUGUCUGGAGAGAAUCACUCUCAGAGCGACGGAUCCGGUCAGUGGAGAGAGGUAAGGAAACCAGUUUGAUAAGGAGGCCAAUUCCAGUACCUGUUGGUUAUUGUUUGUAUUAUUUGUAAUGUAUUCAUUGUUUGUAUUCAUUUCUUACUGCAGGUUCCACACUCUGACUCGACCCGCUCCGAACGCUGAGGUCCAGGACCGACUGCAGGUGAGACCAGAGGACUGCACAGAGGUUGUAACACAAAGACUGAGACAGUAUAGGAUAAACAUCAUCUCCCUCCAGGUACACACACACACACACACACACACACACACACACACACACACACACACACACACACACACAUUUACAAGAAUUUACUUUCUAUCCAGUAUGAUGAUACUUUUUUCCUUAGACUUUUUUUCCAGACGCCAUUCCCGUUGACGCUGAUCAGGAUCCUCACUCUGUCUUUGAGACUCUGGAGAGCAAACUGACGACUGAGUGACACCUAAACACACCUGAACAGAAAUACUAAAGUUGCUUUCCUCCUCUAAACUUUGUCUCCAUCACUUAAUCCCAACACAGAUGUAUUUAUUUUCCCUUAAGAAAAUUAAAUGUUUCUGUGUUACUGGUCUUUAGUUUUACAAUCCAUAACUGCUUUAAAGAUUUCUCUGCAUUUUGGUUUUUACACUACUCACUCUUGUAACACAGCAACAUAAUUACUCGCUCACUUAAAAGGUCAUGUGUGCUCAACACUUAAGGGAAUUUAAGAGUUUUCAAACACAAUUCCAGCACUUUGAGUUUGUUAGUGAGUUUGUUUGUUCUGGUGGUGUGACCUUUUGAUGUGGCAAUAUUUCAGUAACAUUCAUAUUUAUGCAGAACAAGCAACCCUUCUGCUCACUUACACAAAUUACUGAAAGGAAGUGUCACCUUUUUAAAGUUAUAUUUUGGGCUUUUAUUGCUGUUAUUUAUGGAGAGGACAGAGAAGGAAAAAGGGAGAAAGAGAGGACAGGGACAGGGGUCGCAGGCUGGAAUUAGGCCAACCUCUUGAGGUAUAACCUCUAUAUUUUGGGUGUGCACGUGGACCGUUACCUCUGGGGUGCCUACAAACUGGCCCAAUCCCAAUGUCCACACUCACACACUCACUGACUUUAAGGCGCGCUCCUGCAAAGUCUGCGAGGGCUGAGGGCUGUCCCACUGUCAAAUCGUAAAGUGUGUGAGGGAUCUCUCGCUGACUUUUUGAGCCCUUCACCCCUGCACCCUUUCUGCAAGUGGGGAUCUCUGCAAACUUAGCAUAAUGGAAUUACCCAAAGUUCAUUGCAUUGUGAUGUUUGGCAGAAAAGCUCUAAAGCUGCAAUUGUGAGUAGCAUGAUGCAUUGCUUUCGAUAAAGGGCUGUCCUAUUCCUAUUCACAGUAACUCAAGCCCUUGCAGCCUCAUUCUCUCAAUCACUUUCCAGGUGCUGUCCCUUAAGUAAAUGAGGGCUCAGGAGAUUGAGAUUCAGCCACUCACUGUAUCUUUAAAGCACCUGGAAAGAACUUGUCAGUGUUGAUUUUGGCGCCCCCUGUGGACUAAGUAAGUGGCUGGUGCCUUUUGCAGUGACAUGUACACCUCCUUGUGAUUAUUUGUUGUGGGAAAAGUAACAACCCCCUCACCACAGUUUUAGGCAUUAAAAAUUACAUUUGUCUGUGUAUGACGUUAAAGCAAAAGGAACUCUUCAUCUGGAGAACUUUCACUGACUUUUGGGCUGAGAAAGAAAGUAAACACAACAACACCAUCAAUAUAAAAUUAAACUGAGUUUUGUAGUA